AUGCUCCUUGUCGUGAUCACAGCCCUGUUGGUUGUUACCACCGCACAAAUUUGCCCUGGAUGUGGUCCUGCCCUUUUUCCACCUCCUUGCCUAGGACCAUUCUGUGGCUCGGCUCCACCUCCUCCCCAGAUUCUUUUCGUCCCACCACCCGCUCCUCCACCAUGUCAAGGAAUUGGCUGCGCCUUUCCGCCACCACCUCCUCCACCAUGCCUGACCCCGCCAUGCUUUGCUUCGCCUCUUCCAGAGCCUUGUUUGGCUCCACCAUGUUUUGCUCCUCCUCCACUACCACCUCAAGUGGUGUUCGCGCCACCACCAGCACCUUGUUUGGCUCCUCCAUGUUUCGCUCCACCCCCGCCACCACCUCAGUACGUGUUCGCGCCACCUCCAGCACCUUGUUUAGCUCCACCAUGUUUCGCUCCACCUCCGCCACCACCUCAGGUCGUAUUCGCGCAACCUCCACCUCCUCCACCACAGGUGAUCUUUGCACCAGCACCUGCUCCUCCUUGUUUCGUUCCACCUUGCAUGGCUGCGCCACCACCUCCACCACCGCCACAAAUGAUAUUCGCUCCGGUUGCUCCAGCUCCCUGUGCAGCUCCACCUUGUGCUAUGCCUCCUCCUCCUUGCAUUGGCUGUGGUCUGGCGCCACCUCUUCCGCCACCAACAAUGUUCUUUGGAUCAGUGCCAUGCUGUUCCAUUACCGAUUUCUCAUGCUGUGGCCGCCUCUUCCGCAAACGGCACAUUGAGCAGUCCAAGAAGGCGGCCGAACAGAGUUCAGUGGAUACCGAGGAGAAGAAAAAGAAUUAG